GAGACGACUGAAAGAGAUGGGCUUUAUCAUCUAUGGAAAUGAAGAUUCCCCUGUUGUGCCUCUUAUGCUGUAUAUGCCAGCAAAAAUUGGUGCGUUUGGGCGUGAGAUGCUGAAGCGGAACAUUGGUGUUGUGGUUGUGGGUUUCCCUGCAACCCCAAUCAUCGAGUCCAGAGCCAGAUUUUGUUUGUCUGCAGCUCAUACCAAAGAGAUACUUGAUACGGCUUUAAAAGAAAUUAAUGAAGUCGGGGACCUUUUGCAACUGAAAUAUUCCCGUCAUCGGUUGGUACCUCUCUUGGACCGGCCAUUUGAUGAGACUACAUAUGAAGAAACAGAAGACUGAACUCCCUCCAUGUGCCUUGGUGGGAGAAACACACCCCAUGGGACGCUCUGUGGCACACAGGCCGCAGAGUCCGUGAACGACACACUUAUGACUGCUUAGCAUAAAAGACAUUUCCUCACAAUACUGAAGUGGCGACAUCAGCUCUAAAUGGCAUUUUGUAAAUAGGGAGAGGAAACAAAAGCUUUGAUCCUUGUGUCUUCAGGGUCUGGCCCUAGAGGUGCUUGGCUUUAUUUUUUUUCUUAAUGCUUUUUUAUUUAUUUGUCACAAUGAAUUCACGGCAACCCUAGUUGGCUGUGGGUGAUCAGCUCAGACUUUGUAUGCACCAUUAGCCUUCGCAGUGCUGGCUGAGAUGUUGUGAGCAUGUGUGAUGCUGGCAUGGCAGCAUUUCCAGUGUCACUGCUAGGUGUCUGACCUUCCCAGUAAGGAGCGAGCUGACCUGUCUGUUCAUUCAAGAACUCCUAGAGAAACUGUUGAUUGCUAACUGUAACGUACUUAACAAGAUGGAUAAUCAACCAAAGCUUUUUUCUUUUGCAGUUACUUGUGUUUAAAACUUGAAUUUAGCCUUUUUUAAAUAAAUGUGUUGUUGACAAGUCACUGACAGGACCAUUGUUCCCAAAUAUUUUUUAGUUUUGUAAGCCACAAACAAAGUCUUCUGGGACUCUAUCCUCUCUUCCUUCCCAGUAUGGAUACUAGAUUGUCUCUUGGUUUUGACAGUAACUCUUCUUGAUGUAGAGUAAGUGCUUGAGAGAUUUUUUUCAUAGGCUGAGUUUUGUCUUCCUUCUGACAUGCUUCUGUUUUGUUUGUUUCUAAGUGGUUUUAGUGAGUUUUGCUUUCUCCUCCACAGGUGAAUUUAUCCUAUGCUUUAGAACUAUCACAAAACCAUGAACGAGUAUCUAGUAACUGAUAGGUUCUAAAAAGGAUAUUCUUGGAAUCAAAUAAACCAUAGCAAACCUUGUGCUUCCUGAUAAGAUCAGAACCACUCAAAAAUCGGGGCUAUGCAAUGGAUGACAACUAGGAAACCACUUACUUCAUGCAGAUCUGUGUAAGAGCGAUUGCUACCCUUUGCCACACUAAUUCACUGUUUCUUGUAAUAUUUGAGAUGUUCUUUGUUGGCCUUGCUGUGAAAGGAGUUUAUACAAAGAGUAUAGAUAGCUUGGGUCUUACAUCAUACGUAUUUUUUCAGGUAACCAACAAAAUCUCUCAGCUGGCAGCUGCAUGUCUAUGUAGGCCUUCCCUGAAGAGAGAACGUGCUCACAAUUGCAUCGAGUUUGAGAUCUUUUCUUUUGCAUUCCUACUGCUGUGAGAUCAUAUUUAGUGUUCACAGAGCAGUUGUUGUUCGAAAUCUUUAUUUUCAAAUUCCACGCUGUCUUAUUCUAUUAUAAGUAUAAAAUAGACACCUCAGACACCUUUACUUAGCACACCUUAGAGGUGGUCAGCUAGUUAGCCAUUGCAUCUUGAAUGCUUUCAGAGACUAGAACGGAUCCUUGAAGAGGUACCAGAAAUUUUAUAGCAAGGGUUGGUUGCAGUGUUGUUUGUUCCUAUAUAUUUACCUUGGGCACAUAGAUUUUCUGUAAAGAUAGCAAUACUCCAGCAUUGUGAAGCAUAAAGGUUAAUUCAGGUUUUUGGCUAGCCAUACAGUUCAGUUAGUCAUACUUUUUGCAGGUGACAGUUGACUUUUUUUUUUAAACAAAUUCUUCAUCUUAAAGCUAAAGCAAAGUGCAGCUCAAAGCAAUUUGGUGCUGCAAAAAAAUGUUUAGAGUUUUUCCUUUGUGUUCACUCUGCAGCUAACAGGGAUAGAGCUCUUCAGUCACUAGAACCAAGCAUUUCUGCAAACUCAUCUCACAAAUUAGAGAAUUGUCUUCCAUUUUAUCGAAUAUCUAUCUUCACAUGUUUAUAGGUCUUGUUCUAUUUCAGCGUAAAUGAACUUCAAAACACUGAUUCCAUUUUUACCAUUGCAUUUCAGAAAUUAAAAAAAAAAUGGCUAUUUUUUAAAAUAGGUCAGGAUAACUGUUUCUGAUUUAGUCCGUCCACUAAUGUUGAUUUGUUAGUCUUCUGGAGCAAAGUGUGUGCCCAGUGUAAGUCUGCAUUUGCAGCCUUGAUAGGUAUUCUAAUUUGUUCAGCCAUAGAGUAAACUGCAAUUAGGUGAGCUUACCUUAUCAGUUUGACCCGUCUCACCUGCACUCUGCCCAGGACUACUUCUAACAUUCCAGCAGAUUACUACUUUUCUGACUUUAAGAAGCUUUACCUCAAAAUUAUUGCUGCUUUCUUUCCUGAGGAAGUCAGCACAGGAAUUCCUGGAGUGGAGGGCUCACUCCAGCCCUGAGACUGUUCACUUAAUCAUGGAACAGUUUGAGAGCUGACAAAAAGAACCAAUGCAGAGGCGUAGGUAUGGGUCAGUGGGGAGCUAUUUUGAGCAUUCCCAAAUGGACAGUGGCUUGUGUCUGCUGUGCGGUCAGUCAGUUUGAAAACUGUGACAUAUUAAGUUAGAGGUGGGUUAUCUUAUAUUCUACAAGUCUUCUGAGUCCUAAUCGUAUUUCUGGGAUUUAGUUCUAGGGCAGCUUGUCUUUAGAAAGGGAGAAAAAAGUCUGGACAUAUAUGAGUAAUUCAGUUAACAUUUCUGUAACAGUAAAACAUUUCUGAAAUUGUCAGUGUUUUAAAAUGAUUGGUGUCUGCUGCGAUUCCUGUUGCACUUGUUUGCAGAAACUCUGUUCAUGCUAAACUUCUGCAGACUUGAUAGGUAUAUAACCUGCAUAUAACUGUGAAUUCUGGGUUGCUAAGACACUGCAGAAAUCACUCAGGCACUUGGUAGGGUUUGCAAACUGCUUGGUUACAUUUCAGCCCUGUCACGUCCAUUUGGGGAAGCAAUUCCCCCCGCCCCGAGGCCUGUUACUCAGGGGAAACUGUUUUUGCCAAAGUCUGGUUCCUGUUGAAACUGCUUCUCAAAAAGUAGUAAAUAAUGAGUUUGAGAUUUAGCACUUUAAGUUAGUAAUUCUCUGAACAUGAAAGCCAGGAAAAUCUUUCCAUAUUUACUGAAAAACUUGGUUCCUACAACUAAUGGAGUAGAGCAUUACUGUAUUGUAUGAGGCAGACCUACAGCAUGAAUGGUGGCAAAGGUGUGUGGAAUGGAUUACUGAUUUUGACAGUUAUGAACGGGCUACAAGUCUGUCUCCUUUUAGUCCGGGCAGCAGAAGCAAAUGAAAGAACCAGUCCUGAGAGGUUACAAAGGAAGAGAAGCUGCUUAAGAAAUAGACUUCAGUCCCUGCCAACUUUUCUGAGAAUUUCUAAUUGAAAAUGACUCCUGGUAUUUCUUGAGAGACAAAAUUCAAAAGAAAAUGAAGGCUACUCUUGAACAAAGGGUUUUGUAUUGUGCUGUAUACUGGCUAAACUUAUUCAUAAACCUACAGUAGCUGCCUUCCCAGUACCUCUCUGAAGAACUUGGCAAACAAGACUUUGCCUCUGCUGAGCUGAGCGAAGAGUUUAUAACCAUUAUAGUUUAAGGCUGGUGACCACAUUCUUUUGAGAAAAUAGAGAAGCUUCUAUUACUGAGCAUCAGUGAAGAGUGAGAGAUGUCCUUCUUGAUAGCAACUGGCCUUCUCAAGUCGGAGGAGACCUUUGUGUUAAGGAGCCUGAUUCAUAAUUUCUCUUCAGUCCUUUGGCAGGAAGGAAACCAAGUUUUGUUUUGUUUUUUGUAUCAGAAUAUUCAGGGCUUUUUUUACACAAGACACAAACUUUUGUAUAGUAUCUGUGUAUAUGGUAUAUUUAACACUUUUUGUUUAGUUCCUAUAUUUUUCCCUCUCUUAGGGAGCAUCCUUAAGGAGCUGUUGUGGUUCUUGGGUUACCAGUGUAGCAUGCUUCUGCUUUAGACAAAGACUGGGGAGUGAACUGACCAAACGCUUCAGAGCGAUGAAGUCAUUCAGUGAAGGAAUUGCAUCAUUUAUCCUCCUCUUGCUGUUUCCUCUCAGAGUACAGAAGUGGUACCCGCUCUCGGAACUGCAGGAAAGGGGAGCGUUCCAGUGAAAUUAGUGAUCCAGCCCUGUGCUGUUUGGAUGAAGGAAAUCUAGCUUCCUGAUACAGCAGAGAUGGAGAAAAGGGGCAGUCGAUCGUCAGGUUUUUUCCAGCUGUAUAGGAAUCUUUCAUGUCUACUGGAACAAGGAUCCUUAUAAUAGGAGUGCAACUUUAUGGGCUCAAAGGGACACUUCUAUAAAACUUUCCCACAUGAAAUAAAUACUACUACUCUUUCUGUGCAAAUUUUCAUUUCUUUACAUCUUUGGAAAAGUUUUUGGCUUACAGGAGUUUUCUCAUCUAGAAGGCAUAUUAUCCAUUCACACAGAUCAUAGGAAAGGUUGGAAGAAAGACGUGAGUUGUCCAUUUCAUCCAAGAGAACAUCUUGGAGCAUUGUACCUGGAGUGCUAUGCAUAAACCCCCUUGCCCCAUCACAUAAAAUAAAACUUGUGGAGAUUUAGCCCAAUAUACAACGCUCAGUCUAAAUUACUACAGUUUAUACUCAACCUGUGAAGGAGCCAAGCAUGUGGGUGCCUGUGUGGGUUGCACCUUCUGAAUGGAGACUUGAGGUACCCGCAGUCUUUUCUGUUUUAAUACAAGUGAAGCAUUAGGCUGUCUGUGAAUGCCUAAUAUGACCCCUCACUGGGUAAAUUGCUGGCUUCAGCACUAGUGCUGGCACCCAAGUGGUGUUGGACCACUGUUUGGGAAAAGCAGCAGUCAUAUGACAUAUACAAUUUAAAAAUAGCUUUGAAAAGAGGGGGGGGGGGGGGGG